AUGAGUGCGACGGUUGCCAUGGCUCCUAGCCCGGCUCCUCACGAGAGACAAUCCUUCUCCGAAAUCCCUCCCGCCUCCUCGGCUUCCGUUGCCGCCCAGCAGGUCGCACAGUCACCCUCCUUGGCGGCGCAGAGGAAUUCGAUCGCGAACGCCGGCCAACCCGUCCAGAAAUCCAGCGGCAUCAACAGCCCAAAGGGCGCUCCCACGUCGUCCCUCGCCAAGUCAUCGCCGCCGGGCGCCCCGAGGCACGAUGCCUCUCGAUCACAUGUCGUCGUCAAGAAGGAGCCUGGCUCGCCCACGCUGUCGAGCACGCGACCUCGACCUCGACGGCUGGACCUUUCCAAGAACUCCGUCUCCAACUCGCCGGCCUCGGGCGUGCCCAUGUCCGCCCGGGAUGGGUUCGCCCUCCAGGAAGUCGGCAUAGCCUGCCUCUCCCCGGGCUUCGUGACGCAGAACCCCAUGAUGAAGGAGCAGCUUCAGCGCAGCCUGUCGGUCCGAGAGCAGCAGCGCCACAUCAUCGAGGCGAGACUGCAGCAGCAGUCGGCCAAGGGCGACGGUCCUUCCGACAAGGACAAGGACUCGACGUCGCAGUUCGCCGCCAAGACGCCGGGCAUGUCGCGCAGGAACAAGGCGCCGCCCGGCCUGUCCAUCGUCACGCCCUCGCACGAGCAGUUCGCCAACGAGAGGGUCAUCCAGUCGGCCCCACUCGGCCACAGCUUCACCGGACGCCAGCACCCGGUCCCCAUGUCGCGCCACAUCGUCAACCAACCCUCCAACCUUUCCAACACCUCCCACAUCCACCACGUGCCCGCGAAUCAAACAAGCAACCGGCUGCCUCCCCUCAGCGACGUUUUCGGCCAGGGCGUGUCGGCGCAUCCCGACUCGGCUCACCAAUCUCUCUACAACAACCCCAAGCCUCCCGUGGCCUCCCCCGGCCACCUGCAGCAGCAGCAGCCGAUGCCGACGUCCGGCCGCCCACGCGACUACAAGUCGGCCGAGGAGGCUCAGCAGGAGCUCGCCGGUGGCCGGCCGGAGCUGCUCCCCAAACUGGUGCACUACGGCGGCCACCAACCUCCCACGCCACCGUCGCCGCUUCCCGGGAGCCGCCACGCCGAGCGAAGUCGAAGUGCCACGAAGCGACGGACGCGCGCAGAGUACGAGGAUGGCGACAGCCCUCCGCUGGGCCGGGGUCCCGCCCCCACUCGUCGAGGCCCUUUCGGCGAGGGCCGAGACAGCCCGGAGGUUCAGCGACAGAAGAAGGACGAAUUUCUGCGAUUAUGCUCCCGGGCCUGGGAUCUUUUUCACUCGUGA